AUGGAAACUGGUCCCAUCUCGGCGAACGAGAGAUCGUUGGCGAACGAGAAAAGAAAGAAAGAGAAAGCGGAAAACGGUGCUUUGCGACGAAACCACUGUUAUGCUGAAAACGAUGACGCAAACGGUUGCCACAAAAUGACCACCGUGCAAUUAUGGUUAUCGAUAGUACGUAAUUUACACAUUAUGAACGCGUUGGAAUCUUUGGUGCACGCGGAAAGGAAAACCACAAAAGGUGUUCGAGAACAACCUUGGUGGGCCCUGAAGAACAGGGGCCCCGCAUUGUUUCCGAAAGCUCGGAUAAAUAAAAACAGAGGACAUGCAAGAAUAGAAAAAGCUGAGACAGCAAGGAGUCGCAAGAACGCACUGUUUCACGAUUCGAAUCUAUCGUCCGUCGAAGAAUCUGCGAACGAAAGCGGGAAAAAACGAAAGCAAAACGUGCGCCAUGCUGUCAGGCAGCCAAGGAGAAUGUGCGAGACGAAACGCAGAAGCGCGAAGCAUGAAUUAUUCGUGGCGACGCGACGGUUGUCUAGAAAGCACGAGGUUCGCGUUUCCCACGAUUCAUAA